ACCGGCUUGUGAAAGUGAAUCAAAGGGGUGGGGCUAAGAAGAGGGAGGUGUUACCGCUUUUUUAAGUUCCUACAGUUAAAAGUUACUUAACUCAGCCACAAUUUCUUACUUUAGAAACGAAUUUCCACUUCUGCUCCAGGGGAAGAAAACAAGAUUUUCCCAAUGGAUUCUCUAACAAAAUCAAUCAACCAAUUUGCCCUGGAAUUUAGCAAAAAGCUAGCUGAGUCUGCUGAGGGUAAAAAUAUUUUCUUUUCUCCUUGGGGCAUCUCAACCUCCUUAGCCAUGGUGUAUUUGGGCACCAGAUAUACCACUGCAUCCCAAAUAGCCCAGGUGCUUCAAUUUAACAGAGAUCAGGACAUCAAAUCUUAUCCUGAAAGUGAAAAGAAAAGGAAAACGGAUUUCAACUUGGGGAAGGCUGAAGAAAUACACUCCAAUUUCCAAACACUCAUCUCCGAAAUCAACAAUCCCAGUAAUGCCUAUGUACUUAAAACAGCCAAUGGGAUAUAUGCAGAAAAAACUUACCCAUUUCUCAAAAAAUAUUUAGAAGACAUGAAAGCAUACUUUGGUGCAGAGCCACAGCUUGUGAACUUUUUGGGAGCUUCUGACCAAAUCAGAAAGGAGAUCAACUCUUGGGUUGAAAGCCAGACUGAGGGAAAAAUCCUGGAUCUCCUACCUGAUAAUGCUGUAGAUUCUGCAACCAGAAUGGUCCUGGUGAAUGCCCUUUACUUUAAAGGAACCUGGGAACAUCAAUUCUUAGUCCAAGACACCACAGAAAAGCCUUUCAGAAUAAACAAGACUACAAGCAAACCAGUGCAAAUGAUGUCGAUGAAAAAAAAGCUUCCCGUUUUUCACAUAGAAAAUCCACAAGCAAUCGGCCUUCAACUCUACUAUGAGAGCCGUGACCUCAGCCUGUUCAUACUGCUGCCAGAAGACAUCAGUGGGCUGGAUCAGCUGGAAAAGGCCGCCACCUAUGAAAAGUUGAGUGAGUGGACCAGCGCAGACAUGAUGGAGAUGUAUAAUGUGAAGCUGCACCUUCCCAAGUUCAAGCUGGAAGAGUCUUAUGAUCUCAAGUCAGCCCUAAGCAGCAUGGGGAUGAGCGAUGCCUUUAGCCAGAGCAAGGCUGAUUUCUCAGGAAUGUCCCCAGAGAAAAACCUAUUUCUGUCCAAUGUUUUCCACAAGUCCUUUGUGGAAAUAAAUGAAGAAGGUACCGAGGCUGCAGCUGGUAGUGGGAGUGAGAACUACUAUGCUAUUCAACUGAACGCCUUAUAAUUCUUGAGCUGCCUGUCAUGGUAUUAUCACUUAUGUUUCACAUGCAUCAUUUAAUGAAGAAAAAUCUUUAUAAAGAUGAUAUAUUGAUAAACAAGAAUUUUUUAGAAGUAUAAUUUUGACAGUUCAUAAAUUACUACUGGAAAAUUAAAUCCCCCUUUUCUGUUAUCUAUUUAAAAAUACUCUUGACAUUAAUGGAAAAGCUAGUGAAAGCCAAAUGAAAUUUGGAAUUUACUUAGCAAUGUACCAAUACUGGCUUCUUAGUUUUCACAGAUGUGGCUUGGUCAUGUUAGAUAUUAGUGUCACCGGAAAGGGAGCAAGCUCUGAGCAGGGUUGGCCUGUAAUGCGUGGGUUCUUGACUUUGUGCAGGAAAGAUUUCACAGUCCAAGUCCAAGUAAUUUUUAGAGUACAUUUAUUAAAGCUGGGAAUAUGAAGCUGAGAGGUCUCAGGGGAGAAGCACCAGGACAGAGCCUAGGUGAGUGCUUCGGCUCUCCAGAAACUGCUUACUGGUAGUCUCACCAGCUGUUAUUCUACUUUUAGAGAAGAUUGAUUGUGUCACUCUAGAUUGCUUGUUUGACUUUAUUUAACAAAUGGAAGAGUGGGUCAGACCUGAAUAUUAUUAUAUAAAUGAGUACAAGAAAAUGUACUAAACAAAUGACUAUGUCUUAGCUAUAAAGAUGGAAAAUUGUAAUAUAUAUGAUAUUUUAUCAUCUCUUUAUGAAACACCUCAUAUUAAGUCGCAAUGAAAGAAAUCACUUGUGGGGAUUUUCUGCCUGGCAUUUUGCUUCCAUAGGCCAGCUGUAGAUUGCCCACACCUUCCUGUAAGGGCAGACAGCUUCUGUGAACUAGUUCUGAUCUCUGGCAAAUUUCUUUGCCACUGGCAGAAGGCACAUUUCUGUGUCAGCCAUACCUUCAAAGAAGUCUGAAUCUCAGCCUUGGGGUAUUAGGUUGCCUGUAGGUAAAGGUGCUCAUUGUCUGUAAAUGAGAAAUCAACUUUUUUUUUUAAAGAAUGUGGAGUGAUCCUUUUGA